CGACCCCCUCACCCUCAUCUUCGCCUUCCAUGGCGAUCAACGACUAUGAUAAUGAUGCUACAGAGCUACUAGAGACUUACGACUUCCUCAUGAAGUUUAUCAUCAUCGGAGAGGCCGGGACCGGAAAAUCUUGCCUGCUACACCAUUUCACACACAAUACUUUCAAAGACCACUCGCAACACACCAUCGGAGUGGAGUUCUCGAGCAGAACAGUCAAAUUGGGAGAGAAACGGAUAAAGCUGCAGCUAUGGGACACUGCAGGCCAAGAGCGGUUCCGUUCCGUCACCCGCAGCUAUUACCGAGGAGCCGCUGGAGCCAUAUUGGUGUACGACAUCACAAACCGAGAUUCGUUACUCAAUCUUUCCCGGUGGCUAGCUGAUGCCAGAGCACUGGCAAGUCCUCACCUAGUGGCAGUUUUGGUUGGUAAUAAGUCGGACCGGGAGGAUGAAAGAGAAGUGGAGUGGGCAGAGGCCAGUCGUUGGGCUGCUGAGAACGAUGUUCAUUUCCUUGAGACAUCAUCACUGACAGGGGAUAACGUCGAGGCACCAUUUCUUCUCGCAGCACGUUCGAUCUUGUUGUCUAUCGAAUCAGGAGCGCUGGACCCUGACAAGGUUGGAAGUGGAGUGAGCUAUGGGGACAGAGCGUUGCGUCGUGUCAAUAGUUCAAGUCGGCUCAGUUUCGGGAGUCUAAGCGGAGGUCGGCGAAAGGGCACGGUCAAGCUGAAGCUGAAAGAUUUGGUGCCAGGUGCAGGAGGCCGACGAUGUUGUUAGACCGGUGUUAUGAUUUUUUUGCUUCCUUGGGAGACUAUUACGUCCUUGCAUUUAGACGGGCCUUAUGUUCGCAUGCAAUCCCUCCUUUCCCGCAUUCUAUGUAGCCAUCUUAUAUUCUCUCGGCCUUCUCAUGCUUUCCUAGUUGUAAUUUAUACCCUACACUCACUAUACCGACGUUCGCUCUCACUCCGCAGCUUUUCUCGCUAUACAGCCCGUGUUCUUCGCACUGCAUGCUCCUGCAGCAGUGCCUUUCUUCCCACCGACGUCGACCGUCUACCCCUUCUAGUAUAUAUCAUGACUUCACUAGGAUAAUCU